CAGCCCCAUGGAGGUCUCCCGGAGGAAGGCACCGCCGCGCCCCCCGCGCCCCGCCGCGCCGCUGCCCCUGCUCGCCUAUCUGCUGGCGCUGGCGGCGCCGAGCCGGGGCGCGGACGAGCCCGUGUGGCGGUCGGAGCAAGCCAUCGGAGCCAUCGCGGCGAGCCGGGCGGACGGCGUGUUCGUGGCGAGCGGCAGCUGCCUGGACCAGCUGGACUACAGCCUGGAGCACAGGCUCUCGCGCCUGUACCGGGACCAGGCGGGCAACUGCACGGAGCCCGUCUCGCUGGCGCCCCCCGCGCGGCCCCGGCCGGGGAGUAGCUUCAGCAAGCUGCUGCUGCCCUACAGCGAGGGGGCGGCCGACCUCCAGGGGCUGCUGCUCACCGGCUGGACCUUCGACCGAGGCGCCUGCGAGGUGCGGCUCCUGGGCAACCUGAGCCACAGCUCCCUGCGCAACGGCACCGAGGUGGUGUCCUGUCACCCGCAGGGCUCGACGGCCGGCGUUGUGUACCGCGCGGGGGACCAGAACCGCUGGUACCUGGCAGUGGCCGCCACCUACGUGCUGCCGGAGCCCGAGACCGCGAGCCGCUGCAAUCCGGCGGCGUCCGACCGCGACACCGCCAUCGCCCUCAAGGACACGGAGGGACGCAGCCUGGCCACGGAGGAGCUGGGCCGCCUCAAGCUGCGCGGGGGCGCGGGCAGCCUGCACUUCGUGGACGCCUUUCUCUGGAACGGCAGCGUCUACUUCCCCUACUAUCCCUACAACUAUACGAGCGGCGCCGCCACCGGCUGGCCCAGCAUGGUGCGCAUCGCGCAGAGCGCCAAGGUGCUGCAGUUCCAGGGCCAGGCGGCCCUCGACUGCGGCCACGGCCACCCCGACGGCCGGCGCCUGCUCCUCUCCUCCAGCCUGGUGGAGGCCCUGGGCGUCUGGGCGGGUGUGUUCAGCGCGGCCACCGGCGAGGGCCAGGAGAAGCGCUCCCCCGCCACCACGGCACUCUGCCUCUUCAGGAUGAGUGAGAUCCAGGAGCGCGCCAAGAGCUGCUCCUGGGACUUCCAGACGGCCGAGCAAAACUGCAAAGAAGGGGAGCAACCUGAAAGAGUCCAACCAAUCGCAUCAUCUACCUUGAUCCAUUCCGACCUGACAUCCGUUUAUGGCACCGUGGUAAUGAACAGGACUGUUUUGUUCUUGGGGACUGGAGAUGGCCAGUUACUUAAGGUUAUUCUUGGUGAGAAUUUGACUUCAAAUUGCCCGGAGGUUAUCUAUGAAAUUAAAGAAGAAACACCUGUUUUCUACAAACUGGUUCCUCAUCCCAAGAAGAAUAUCUACAUCUAUCUAACAGCUGGGAAAGAGGUGAGGAGAAUUCGUGUUGCAAAUUGCAGUAAACAUAAAUCCUGUACGGAGUGUUUAACAGCAACAGACCCUCACUGCGGUUGGUGCCAUUCUCUGCAAAGGUGUGCCUUCAAAGAAGAUUGUGUACCUUUAGACAACUAUGAAAACUGGCUGGAUAUUUCAUCCGGAGCUAAAAAGUGCCCUCAAAUUAACCUAUUUCGAAGCAGUGAAGAUAAGACUACAGUGACUGUGGUCGGAAGCCUCCCUCCGAGACGGUCGGAGUGGAAGUGCGUGGUGAAGAACUUGGACACGGGCAGGGAGCUCUGCAAGGGUAGAAGUCCGCCGGGCAGGGUCUGUACCUGCAACAUGCCCACCAGAGCAACCUACAAAGAUGUUUUAGCUGUCAACAUGACGUUCUCCUCCGGUUCUUGGCAUUUAUCAAAAAGAUUCAACUUUACCAACUGCUCAUCAUUCAGAGAAUGCCCAGCGUGUAUUGGAACUGACUGUGCUUGGUGUAAAAGUGAGAGAAAGUGUAUCCACCCCUUCACAGCUUGUGACCCAUCUGAUUACAAGACAAACCAGGAACACUGUCAAGUUGCUGUUGAGAAACGGGCACCAUCCAAGACUGCGGGAGGAGGAAGAUUCACCGAGAAUAGGAGUAGUAGAGCCAACCCGGGCUUGCAGGUCUUCUACAUUAAGUCCAUUGAGCCACGGAAAAUAUCGACUUUAGGGAAAAGUAACGUGAUCGUCACGGGAGCAAACUUUAGCCAGGCAUCCAACAUUACAAUGAUCCUGAAAGGAACCAGUACUUGUGAUAAGGAUGUAAUACAGGUCAGCCACGUGCUAAAUGACACCCAUAUGAAAUUCUCUCUACCGUCAAGCCGAAAAGAAAUGAAGGAUGUGUGUAUCCAGUUCGAUGGCGGGAACUGUACAUCUGUGGGACCCUUGUCAUAUAUUGCUCUGCCUCACUGCUCCCUCAUAUAUCCUGCCACCACCUGGAUCAGUGGUGGUCAAAAUAUAACCAUCCUGGGCAGAAAUUUUGACGUAAUUGACAACUUAAUCAUUUCACAUGAGUUAAAAGGAAACAUAAAUGUCUCCGAAUAUUGUAUGGCGACUUCCUGCAGGUUUUCAGCCCCCAGCUUCAAGGGUUCGAAAGCGCGGGCCAACGUCACCGUGAAGCUGAGAGUCCAGGAGACCUACUUGGACUGUGGGAGCUUGCAGUAUCUUGAGGACCCCAGGUUCACAGGGUGUCGGGUCGAACCCGAGGGGGACACAGAAUUGGAAGUGAAAAUUCAAGUAUGUUUCUCACUUAUCUCGGGUGGGAUGUGCCCCCUGCCCUUCGCGACUGGCAAGGUGUGCUCGUGUCUGUGGGUUCCCUCGUGCACCCUGAUUUCUCCAUCUCCUCUUUGCUCUUCACAGAAAGAAAAUGAUGACUUCAACAUCUCCAAGACAGACAUUGAAAUCACCCUCUUCCAUGGGGAAAAUAAGCAAUUAAAUUGCAGUUUCGAAAAUAUUACUAGAAAUCAAGAUCUCACCAUCAUCCUUUGCAAAAUUAAAGGCAUCACGAACGCAAACAGCAUUGACACCUCUUCCAAGAAAGUCCGUGUCAAACUGGGAAACUUAGAGCUCUAUGUUGAGCAGGAAACAGUUCCCACCACUUGGUAUUUCCUGAUUGUGCUUCCCGUCUUGCUCGUGAUUGUCAUUUUUGCGGCCGUGGGGGUGACCAGACACAAAUCGAAGGAGCUGAGUCGCAAACAGAGCCAACAGUUGGAGCUCCUGGAGAGCGAGCUCCGGAAAGAGAUACGUGACGGCUUUGCUGAGCUGCAGAUGGAUAAAUUGGAUGUGGUUGAUAGUUUUGGAACUGUUCCCUUCCUUGACUACAAACAUUUUGCUCUGAGAACUUUCUUCCCUGAGUCAGGUGGCUUCACACACAUCUUCACUGAAGAUAUGCAUAACAGAGAUGCCAAUGAUAAGAAUGAAAGUCUCACAGCCUUGGAUGCCCUAAUUUGUAAUAAAAGUUUCCUUGUUACUGUCAUCCACACCCUUGAAAAACAGAAGAACUUUUCAGUGAAGGACAGGUGUCUGUUUGCCUCCUUCCUGACCAUUGCCCUGCAAACCAAGCUGGUCUACCUAACCAGCAUCCUGGAGGUGCUGACCAGGGACUUGAUGGAACAGUCUAGUAACAUGCAGCCUAAACUCAUGCUGAGACGCACAGAGUCUGUGGUUGAAAAACUCCUCACAAACUGGAUGUCGGUCUGCCUUUCUGGUUUUCUGCGGGAGACGGUUGGAGAGCCAUUCUAUUUGCUGGUAACGACCUUGAACCAGAAAAUAAACAAGGGUCCCGUGGAUGUGAUCACUUGCAAAGCCCUGUACACCCUCAACGAAGACUGGCUGCUGUGGCAGGUUCCAGAAUUCAGUACUGUGGCAUUAAACGUCGUCUUUGAAAAGAUCCCAGAAAAUGAGAGUGCAGAUGUCUGUCGGAAUAUUUCAGUCAAUGUUCUUGAUUGUGAUACCAUAGGCCAAGCCAAAGAAAAGAUUUUCCAGGCAUUCCUAAGCAAAAAUGGCUCUCCUUAUGGACUUCAGCUGAAUGAAAUUGGUCUUGAGCUGCAAGUGGGCACACGACAAAAAGAACUUCUGGAUAUUGACAGUUCAUCUGUGAUUCUCGAAGAUGGAAUAACCAAGCUAAAUACCAUUGGCCACUAUGAGAUAUCAAAUGGAUCCGCUAUAAAAGUCUUUAAGAAGAUAGCAAAUUUUACUACAGAUGUGGAAUACUCAGAAGACCACUGCCAUUUGAUUUUACCAGAUUCGGAAGCAUUCCAAGAUGUGCAAGGAAAGAGACAUCGAGGGAAGCACAAGUUCAAAGUAAAAGAAAUGUAUCUGACAAAGCUGCUGUCGACCAAGGUGGCAAUUCAUUCUGUGCUUGAAAAACUUUUUAGAAGCAUUUGGAGUUUACCCAACAGCAGAGCCCCAUUUGCUAUAAAAUACUUUUUUGACUUUUUGGAUGCCCAGGCUGAAAACAAAAAAAUCACAGAUCCUGAUGUCGUACAUAUUUGGAAAACAAACAGCCUUCCUCUUCGCUUCUGGGUAAACAUCCUGAAGAACCCUCAGUUUGUCUUUGACAUUAAGAAGACACCACACAUAGACGGCUGUUUAUCUGUGAUUGCCCAGGCCUUCAUGGACGCAUUUUCUCUCACAGAGCAGCAACUCGGGAAGGAAGCACCAACUAAUAAACUUCUCUACGCCAAGGAUAUCCCAACCUACAAAGAGGAAGUAAAAUCUUAUUACAAAGCAAUCAGGGAUUUGCCUCCAUUGUCAUCUUCGGAAAUGGAAGAAUUCUUAACUCAGGAAUCUAAGAAACAUGAAAAUGAAUUUAAUGAAGAAGUGGCCUUGACAGAAAUUUACAAAUACAUCGUAAAAUAUUUUGAUGAGAUUCUAAAUAAACUAGAAAGAGAACGAGGGCUGGAAGAAGCUCAGAAACAACUGUUGCAUGUAAAAGUCUUAUUUGAUGAAAAGAAGAAAUGCAAGUGGAUGUAAGCACUCUGGGGACUGGCUUAAUCUGGCAAAAUUCUUCAGACGACUUGGGAGCAAAAUGGCUACUUGAGCUACUCUGUGUCGUUACUUUUUAAAGUUUGCACAUAGGUUCCACUUUGAGCACUGUCUUUUAGAGACGGAGGCACAUGCACAGCUUUUAGAAAGCAUACCAACCUUGUGCCUGUGCAUAUACCGUAGGAACCUUUCUGUAAAUAGAGUUGAAGUGGUUGUUGCAAACAGCCUCCUUGUUUACAGAGAAUACAGGGCCAGUAAGCAAGUGUCAGUAUUGUAACUACAGUCUCCACUUAAGCACAAUGAUAUAAGUGGUUUUGUUUGAAAACUACAGUUAUGUAGCACUUGUGACUACACUGCACCUCUGCAGAAAGGGGACACUGCCAAUGAUCGAAAGAAAAUGUGAACUGAGUCAUUUGGAAACAAGGUGGAGGUGUUAGGGCAACCUCGAGGAUUUGCAGCAUUGAAACUUUCCCCAGUAGUUCUUGGAAAAGCUGACCGCAGAAUUUGGUAGUGUGUACACUUAGCAUUCGUGAGCGUGUGUGUGUUUUUAAACCAAAAACUGACAGUGUUGCAACAUUGUUGAAAGGGCUCGUGUUUUUCAGUGGUCAUGGACUGCACUCCAUCAGACUCACCUCCGUUUCACUAAGGAGCUCUAAAGCAAGGAGAGUGAGGAGGCUUUAUUUAAAUGCAACAGCAUUUUACUCACUUUGUCCUGAUGUAUGUUCCCUUUUUUUUUCAUUUUUUCAUACUAAAUGUAUUUGAUAGUGGACAUGUUGGCUAUUGUAAAAAAAAAAAAAACAAACAUUAUUUCUGUCUAAAAACUUGGAUCAAAACUAUCUGUAGAAGAGUAACUCACUCCCCUAAUCCUACGUUUCUGUACUUAGUGUCUCCUUGCUUUAGAUUUCUGGUGAACCCUGUGGUUAUAAAUACUUGUGUGUGAUUUAAAAAAAAAACAAAAAAAAACAUUUUACAUUUCAUGAAAUUGCUGUUCACACUGGAGUAUUAUAUAUGAAUAUAUAUAUAUUUGAGGCCCAAGGCCUGAAAAAUAUUAGUAUACAACUUGGUAUCUUAGUCUUACUAUGUACUUUUUGAAAGUAUUCCUCGCAAGAGAAAGAAUUCAAAAUACUCAUUUUACUCAUGCCUUUCUUUUUAAAGAACUCCCUGUCCAGUUCUACCGUAGUCUUUUUAUUGCUGAUUUUUUUAUUCCUGAAUUUUUGCUGCUCAUGACCAAUUUUAAUACCACUGUGUUUUCCUAUUAAAAGUAAAAAAUGUGAUUGGCAACUCUCAACUUUCCUUGUGGCACCUUUUACCCUUGGUGCUCCAAAUCCCAGAUUAAGGAAAGACAUUUUUUCAAGUAGCAAAUAAAACACUCAUCAUAUAGUCCUUAAAAUCAUUUACCAACACUGUAUGGGAUAUCAGGAGUUGAAUGUGAAUUUGUCUUUGAAAAUGAAAUUCUUGUUGCUCCUCGAUAUCUGGCAAAGAGUAAGAGGUGAUACCUCAACAAACUGAUCAAAUAAGCAGUCACUGCCCUGAUAGGUACCUUCCCAAUCCCAUCACUUUUGACCAUUGUCGGUCCAAUGGACACACCUCAAAAAUACUACCAAAUAGGUUACUUACAAGUAUCAAGGUGAGAAGUCUGCUCCCCGUGUGAGGCUGCCUCAGUCUUGAUGUGAAGGCGUUCGUAAGAGAAUAACAGGAGGACAGUUGAGAGCCAAGGGUAGGAGAGUUGCCCAAAAGACUUCCCCUUCUUUAGGGUACAGAAAUGCUAUGAAAAGGAUCAGCUACAGCUUUAUCUACGUGUUUAGUAAAUGCUACGUGAGGGUGUCCCUGUCCAGCUCUCUGGCACAAGAGUCCCGUGUGGAGCCUUACCUCCUCUUCCAGGGGCUAUGCUGCUGGGAACUUUGGGCAAGUCGCUUACCUCUUUGUGCCUCAAUUUCUGUAUAAUAUUUCUAACCUACCUCACUGAGGUGGUGUGAAGAUUCACUAACGUAUGUAGCGUGUUUGUCAAUCCUCCAGUGAAAAGCACGAUCUAGACCACAUCUUGGAUCACAUUAGCCAAAUACAGUAAAUGGCCAAA